AAGGAUUAAAAUAUCAUUCUAUCAUUUGAGAGUCGAUUCACGAAGAUUGGAUGUUAUUGGGUUCACACAAGGAGAAACUAAAGGAUUUCUACAGAUCAAGGCAAGCCAUGGGAAGAAUCGGAAGGAAUAUGGUUUUGGUUUUCUAAUGGAAAUUCGAGGAUACGAGAUCCGGUUGUGCGGUAACAAACGAAUCAAUUUCGAGGGGAUUAAUGAUUGGUUUCGAUGGAUUUCCUUGGGAUUCUUUGGUUCUCAGAUCAGAUCAGAAGAUGGGAAGAACAUGUGGGGCUCAAUCAGAGUCAACUUGCCACAAUAUACAACACAUGACUAUACAAGGAGGGCGGCAUUCUCGUACACAGGUAUGUUAAGGAAAGAGGGAGUGGCGGUAAGAGUUUUAACCUGGUGGGAUUUGGUUAGGAUUUCGUGGAUAUUGGUUAGAAUCUGUCCAGAACAAGCACAUGGCUGUUCAUAUUUAAUAGUGAUCGAUGAUUCUAAGGUUUGUAGGCUUCCUGGUAAAGGGAUGGAGUGGUUUCAUGGAAGGACUUUUAUACUCUUUGAGCUUUAUAAGGAUCUUCUUGCUGGAGAAUUAGACAAAUGCGUACCAGAUGCGUUCAGUGCUAUCGGAGCAAUGAGGUAUUAACUUAUUGGUACAAGCGGUCAUGCCAUGGGACUAGACAAAUGCAGAGGAUACGAUCAAGCUUUUUUGGUGCUUGUCUGAUCGCUAUGGAAACAUGGUUCAUCCUAACUGUAGUUGACCUGCAAGGAGUGCAUCCUAGGGAAGGAAGAAGCUUGAAUGAGGUCUCUUUAAACACAUUCAAAUUUCUCGUAGUGAGGUUUCUCUUACAGCAGCGACGAGAAUAUUAUGGAGCACUCGGGGAUGGUAAUAGAGUUGUGAAAACGAGGAAUCAUGGGAACAUUUAUUUGGUGGCAUUGGAUGAAGGCUUCUUCAAUAAGGAUGUACGGUGUUCCUGGUGGGGCUUUUUUAAAAAAUGGUGCAUAUUCGCAAUGUAUUGGUUUUUCUAUAAACAGAAAGCAGCCUUUCUUUUAGUUUAUGGUUUUUCAUUUCCAGGCAUUUUAAUAAGCUCUGUGAGCAGUUUAUGGUUCAAUGUUUUAUUCUUUACCUGGUGUUCUAGCUUGGCUCCUCUAUUGCAUGAGUCAAAGUUCCUCUUUAUGAUUAUUUUGUGGAAUAAAUUUGGUUUCCUAGGCUUGUGGUAUGGGUGGUUCAAUGUUCUUUUCUAUAUCUGGUGUUCAAGCUUGGCUCUUCAGUUGUAUGAGUCAUUAUUAAUCUUUAUGAUUAUCUUUUGGAACAAUAUUGGUUUACAUGGCUUCUGGUAUGGGGGUUUCAUUAUUUUUGAGAAGGAACAGACAGGAGAUACGUUUAAUGGGAGUGUAAAGCCUUUUGGAAAUAUAGAGGAACAAGUCUCAACUAUGGUUUCAUCAGACCACAAGAAAUUGGGAAGAUUGGCCUACAUUACGAGAUGGAACAUGAUCGGAACAUGAUCGGAAUGAUUUUUUUUAUAUAUGAAUAUUUUAAGUUGGAAUUGUAGGGGACUAUGGAGUCAUUGGACUAUAAGUUAUCUUCGGGAGAUAUGACAUCAACAUAAACCAGAUUUCCUAUUUUUAUCUGAAACGAAACAGGAUUUUGAGUUUGUACAAAGAUUCCAAUCUCAUUUUGGAUAUGAUAGUUUAGUUACUGUAGAUCCAAACGGGAGAAGUGGUGGUUUAGCUCUUUAUUACAAUAAGGAUUAUCAAGUUCAAAUCUUAUAUUCUAGCAACACAAUGAUAGAUAUCGAGGCGGUGGUCAAAAGAAAACAAGUUUUUCUUACUUUUGUUUAUGGGGACCCGGUACAAAAGUUAAGAGAACAUGUCUGGGAGAGACUAACUCGGUAUGGAUUAACACGAUCUGAACCAUGGUUUAUUAUUGGAGAUCUAAACGAGAUUACUAAAAAUCCUGAAAAGGAUGGGGGAUCCCUAAGAAGUGCCACUUCCUUCAUACCCUUUAACAAUAUGAUAAGGAAUAGUGGUCUACUAGAAUGACAUCUGAUCGUCAU